AUGAGCGACGAUGAUGAUAUCUCGAUUACAUCGACUGCACCCAGUGAGCAGGAGUCUGAGUACGAAGUGGAAACUAUCUUGGCUGAGCUUGAAUUUGACGAUGGCAUCAAAUAUUUGGUGAAGUGGGCCAAUUACCCUAUUGAAAGAUGUACAUGGGAACCCCCCGAAUCCUUUUGCAAUGAACAGACUUUGAUCGACUGGAAUAAGAAGAAAAGGGCAAUUGCAGAAGGGAAGCGUCCGGCAUUCGAUCUUAUCAGGUUUGAAAAUCAUCUAGCUGCCCUUGAGAGGGCAAAACAUGACAGGAAGCAAAGAAGAGCCGCUAAGAGGAGGCGUCUGGGGCUUGACGGACCCCAGCAAAGUCAUCCUACUGCGGAGAAUCCGCCGAGUAAUAACGUGCCUGACCCAAGAAUUCCUGAUGAUAUUGGCUCCAAUGACAUCGAAGUCGACAGAUCAAAGGCUUCAUCCGGACAAACUCCCCGAACGGAUGCCAGCACAGGAAGUGCGCAAGUCCAAACUCAGCAUCUUCCAAAAAGACCACCUCUACCUAUCUUAUUUGGAACUGCUCCGGCUCCCACGCGCCCGAAAAAGAUGAACAGUUCUGAGACGCCAAAGCUGUUCAAUUUGUCGACGAGAUGGAAGUACGAGAAGGCGAAAGCUUAUGAGCCACCUCCUGAUGUUAACAAGCUGCAACUCAUUCGACCAUCCGACUGGCCAGCCAGGGCUGGGCUCGCCGCGGCAAAGACAGGGCUGCACAGCGUCAGCUCACCGAGCGCGAAGAAUGACGCCAGUACCGCUAGGCUCGGAUCUCAUAAUGUGAGCUCACCCACGCAGUAUGACUCAAGCUCGGCGAAGCUAGGUCCUCAUGAUGUUAGCUCGCCGAAGCAGGGUGACUUGAGUAGCGUAAAGAUUGGAUCACACAACGUUAAUUCGUCGAAGCAAUUCAAUGCGAGCCAGGUGAAACUGGACUCACAUAAUGUGAGUUCUCCUAAGUCGGUUACUUCGGGGAGACUAGGCACGCAUAAUGUCAGCGGGUCAAAUGGACUCAAUGACAGUGUAUUGGAUUCACAAUCGCAUGAUGUCGGUUCGCCAAUGGACGUUGAUUCGGAUAAUGAGACUCAAGGCCAAAUUGGCCAAACUCGGGAGAAUUGGGCCCUGAGUCCACCGAAACGCGCACAGCAUGGGUUAUACAAGCCGAAUGACAGCGUCCCAGACACAUAUAGACCAGCGUGCGGUGCGGAUACGUGGAGACCAGACUGUUUACUGCCAGAUAGCUGGAGUGCAAGCCAACCCCUCGGUGACAGUGUGAGACCCAAUACCAGCCGCCCAAUCCAUCGCCAUGAACUCGAAGACUAUCCGAUACCCAAGCUUCCAACAAGGGAACCAAAACCGGGGGCCUACGUCGUCAAGAACCGCCAACUGCAUUUCUGGAAUCAGGGUGAGCUCCUUGUCUAUCUUUAUUACGGCCCCGAGAAGAAGGAAGUCGGUUCGGCCAGGCUAUGUGGUCUGAGUCCCGAGAGUCGAAGCAGGCUCAUGUCUACCAAAAGGGGCAGCCGCAUCAAUCUCUGGUUUCAACACACAUGUAACCUGGAAGAGUAUAAUGUGCUAUGUGGGAACACGAAAAACAAUAAGAAGUACUCCGAUGCUUGGAUAGAAGGGUUCGAUGAUACAGAGCCGAGCAUCUACAGAAUUGGGGAAGAACUUCGUCGCAAUGAGCUUGUGGCCAUAUCAUAUCCGGCUCCAGACAGCAGGAUGUCGAACGUAUUACUUGCCUAUUCCCCGAAGUCCUCAGACUUUGCGUUUCUCAAUGCAGAUUCUGCCCAUUUUAAAAUCCCUGAGGACGUUUUCCUAAAUGUCGCAGUCCGAAGCCACUUGCGAGGGUUUGACACCAUCACUGCUCGGCGUGAAAGGAAACGGCUUCAUGUUGAGUCGCACAAGCCAGUACCCCUCGCACUCAUAAAUGCCCCGGAUGCUCCAGGCCACGCUCCCCCCACCGGAGCUGUGGCUACUCGGCCUCGUUCUGUGGGCGUUGCUGGUGUUUCGGCGCCGGAAGCCGUGAGACCUGUCAAUGACAUGUCCAACCUUCGCAUUCAAAUCCCGAGGGACAGCAAGGUCUUGCCACCAAAAGCAUUUGAGACGUCAAACGUGACAAAACCGUCCGAUGCAGCAAAUGACUCAGGCUCAACAAACACAACUAGUGUAACCCCAAAAAUGUCUACUCAACACUCUGGCGCAGACAAUCUGCAAGCGACACCCCAGAACACUCCGCGAGAAUUAGAGCAUUUGAAUGUAGCUGUACAGAAUCCCGCACAAGAAAGCGGCGCACUAUUAUCAACAUCGCAGGCCCCAUUGCCGAAACACAGAACGCAACCAGCAGCCGAGACCCCGCCUAUGAGCUCUGAGGCUCGAACAGCGCCGGAGGCAGGCGCUGAAUUUCCAUCCCGCCUCAAACACGACGCGGAUAUGGCUCAGUCUAUUGCAGGUGAUGUUAAAUCGCCGCCGCAGCCGUCUGAGAAUGCUCUUGAUCUAGAUGCGGUCUUCAAAGAACAAUUUGGUGUCACCUAUGAUCUCCUGGCGACUGUGAACGAUGCUGAGAAGCCUACGAAGGCUCAAGUAUUUUACUUGAUGUUUCCUGCCGGGUCCGAAGUAGUGCAGGAAGAGUACGAAGUUAUGCACGAGUUUCUGAGAAGGCACAAUGCUGUGACUUAUUCAAACCGCCUUCCGGAAGAUUGGGAGAGAUUUGCACGCACAAUACAUAAGGGGGUUGUCUUGGCUCAUGAAAGCUUUAUGAAUUACCAUGCCCUACCUUUCAUCAGGGACCUGAUCCAUCGGAACGUCAGCUUCUGGAGUCUUUCUUUAAGAAAGCCGCUACAGUACGCUGACCACCCCACGUAUUUCCAACGCGUAUUCCCUCAUGGUGGUGUCAUCCUCAUCACAGAAGACUUCAUGCUUAGGGACCCAGACGCCACACUCAUCAUCCUGGCGUGGCUAAAGGAUUGGAUAAAGCAGAAAUUCCCGGGGAGUUGGAAGAUCAUGUUCCGUCCAAAUAUCCUGGACUGGCUCCUGAAGCAAUCCGAAUCGAAGGAUCCAUUCAGGCAGGGAAUAUGGUUGAGCAUGUAUGCUCUGAUCCUUCAAUUAAACAGUCGUGUGGCAGGCUCAGAACGGACUAGUGGAAAUAUUCUCAGCGGCGCCAGCGGUGAGCCGAACGAAGAUCCUGUCAUUUCACUCGACGCCAUCCCACUCUAUGGGUCGCGCACCGAAGAUGAUGAUGUGAAUAUACCGAAAGGCCUCACGCAGGAGCAAAGGAACACCGACCACCUUGGGGAAUUCUUUGCCGGUUGGGCAAUAGUCAACAACCACAGAUUCAGACGGUUCGUCAUGCUCACGGCAGUGAAACCUCUACCGAGAUGGGAAGCCUGGCAACAUAUUGAGAUCAGAUAUGGCGCAAAAGACUUUAUGAAGGCCUUCAAGGUCGAGUACAAGACGUACUGGGACAGAGUGAAGCCUAGGCUAGGGAGACCAGGUCUGUCAUCGGAGGCGAAGUCCCAGAACCACAAUCCUGCCUAUACACCGCGGACGCCUGGAGCGAAUGGUCCUUCAGCCGAUGGGUUGGAUGUCUCGAGGGUCGGCGGGUUUUCUCACGGCCCUUCGAGGCUGAAAUACCCUCAACCAUACCAGUGA